UGUUAGGCGCGCCACAUGCGUCCCCACCUCUAAAAAGCAGCUGAUUGGCACAUAAGAAGUGAAUUGGAAUUUAUUUAUUUGAUUUUAUAACACAAAAAGCUAUCUAAAUAGCUUCCAAACAAGCUUCACUGACUUGGGGAACGGCUGUAAACAUAUUCAAGCCGAACGCAACACAAGCAACAUGAAUUUCCUGCGGCAAACUUUGGGCAUUACGAAACAGUUGACUUCACAAGCCAUCCAAAGCAGUUUUGAGACCGCCAUGCGAGGAAUGGCCUCUCUGCAGCAAAUGCAUCGCAGUGGGCCGCACGUCAAGACGCGGCCCCCGCGCCAGCCGCUCGAUGGCAAGCCCUUCGCCAAGGGCGUCGUGCUGAAGACGCUGAUCAAGAAGCCGAAGAAGCCCAACUCGGCCAACCGCAAGUGCGUCCUGGUGCGCCUCUCCACCGGCAAGGAGAUGGUGGCCUACAUCCCCGGCAUCGGGCACAACCUGCAGGAGCACAACAUCGUCCUGUGCCGCGUGGGCCGUCUGCAGGAUGUGCCCGGCGUGAAGCUGAAGGCGGUGCGCGGAGUCUACGACUUGGCGCACGUCAUCAAGAAGAGCCAGUAGUUAUAUAUCGCUUCCUAUAUCACAUUGUUCAAAUGCAUAACCCCACUACAACCGAA